AUGGCCUUUUUUUCGCACCUUGCUGCGAUCUCGGCGACGCUCCGCGGGCGUCUGCACUUUCAGGAGGGAAAAAACACAGACACAAUAAAUCGGCCCCUUCAUGAACACGCUCGGCGGACGCACUGCGGCUUGGGCGCAGCGCGAGGCACGAGGCGAGGAGGCGGCGGCCCCUCGCGAGCACUCUCGUUGUGCCUCUUCUGGGGCCCGCGAGGAUGUCCAGCCGGAGCUUUGAUCGGCCACGCCCGUGAGGGAGUCCAGCCAGCUGUUUGUGUCUAUAUCUGCCUCGCGAGCACUCUCGUUGUGCCUCUUCUGGGGCCCGCGAGGAUGUCCAGCAGAGCUUUGAUCGACCACGCCCGUGAGGGAGUCCAGCCAGUGUCUGUGGUAUCGGCCACGCUGCCAGUGCUUUCGUCAGCGAGCGAGGACACUGUGAGCAGUGCUCAAUCUCGCAACGCUGUGGGUCACACUGCUGCUUGGAUCGGCGCACUCCGUGCCUGCCUGGCACCAGAUCUGACGUAUUUGCAGCUCCGCUGGUCUCCCGGCGACCUUGGCCGGCUGCGAAGUUGGCAGCUCAAUUUGUGUUGCCGUGCAUCGCGCUCCGCCGCGGUCUGGGCGACGCGGGCGCGAGUCAUUCCGACAGCGAGGCAGGUGCAAUUCGGGUGCUGCUAA